AUGUGGUGCCAAGUGCCACGAUCAAAUGCCAACCUGUCCAGUCGUGAGCCAGAACUGCACGUCCCAAGGGGCAGAGAGCUCGUACGAGACUGUCUCAUCACCCGCGCUCGUCCCCCGGAAGUUCGACACGCGCAGUCCUUUGAUUAUGAUGUUCGACUUUUUGACUACACCAUCUACGUCGAUUUCGAGCCACCAUCAGUUACGCAGUCCAUGUCCUCGAACCGCUCAGACGGCAGCCAGGCGCGCCGUCGUCACUCUAUUCCCCUACAGGACUUCCUCUCAGCCCCCCUAGGCGGUACAGCAGACUGGCUACCACCCAGUCAUCAGGAUGAGCAUACAUAUCAUCGAGCCGAUGAUGGAUGUUCGCCCGCAGUUCCCAGUAGUACUCCUACAAACCCGACACAUUGGUAUACCUCGCAAAGCCGAUCCGACGAUGGGGCAGGUUCCAGCUCACCUAUAAACCCAACUGUUCUGCAAGCCGCCCUUCCGCCAGACUUUCAUACAUCUCCCCCAGAAGAACAUGGCAUUCAUGUGUCCCAUUCUGCCAGUAUCUUUUCAGGGUCGCCCUAUAUCGAAGAACCGCCGAGCACCGAGUACGAUGAUUCCGACCGGGUGCCCCUCACUGCUGGGGCACAGCCAAUAUCGGGAUCUAUGCCAGUUGAUAGUCACGACGCCAACAUUCGAAGCAGUUUUCAAACUGUGUCCGACUUCGAUUGUAAUUCAGCUAUGAGUCGUCAGUCAAACAACCUUGGACACCGUGGCCAAUCUUCUUGUGAAACUUCACGAGGCAGACAUGCCAGCAAUGGUGGCAACUUGGACCCCGGCCAGUACAGAGUUUCUCGAUCUACGUCGCCGUCAGGCGCUCUUCUCCGCGCAGGCUCGAUUGUUCGAGCAAUGUCUCAGCGAGUGGUCAACAUCAGUGGAGAGAGUGAGCUGCCAGAUCACAGGGCAUCAAGGCCGCGGUCGCGGUCGCCAGUGGCAUCUAGAUUUGGCCGUGAGCGGAGUCCAGGAGCCUCUAUGCUUGGCGAUACGACGUAUCGACUACAGACAACGCAGCUUGUGCCAGAGAAGAUGGACGCGGUCAACCAGUACCACCCCUCGCCCUCCCGUGGCCCUCGGCCAAAUCCUCUUAAAGGCCGCUCCUUGGGCAUAUUCUCUCCGCAAAGCCGAGUCAGGCUCUGGCUGUGUGGCGUACUGGUCAACCCAUACACUGAGCCUUUCAUUCUCGCGCUCAUCGUUCUUCAGGCCAUUCUUUUGGCAGUGGAAGCUGCCCCAAGUGUCUUUGUUGCGGGAAAUGAGCGUCCAGACCGAUGGGGGAGACAUGCCAUUGAUUGGAUUAUGCUUGGACUCUUCGUCACCUUCACCCUAGAACUUGCUGCCCGAAUUGUUGUGUCAGGGCUCUUGCUUAAUGCUCCAGAGUAUAGCACAAUAGACCGCCAAAAGGGCAUUCGAGCAGCCAUUGUGGAACAAUACAGAACCGCUUUUCGGCCCCAACGACAGAAGUCCGUCAUAGGCAGCUCACAGACGGAGCUACAACAUUCUAUUUUCUCCCGCUCCUUCACCACCAUAAUGCAAACGCUUCCUUCAACAAUUGAAGAGCAACAGCGGUAUCAACUGGCUCGACGUGCCUUCUUGCGACACUCCUUCAACCGCCUGGACUUUGUGGCAGUUGUCUCGUUUUGGGUUGCAUUUCUACUUGGCAUAACAGGAAUUGAAAGUCAGCACCGCAUAUAUUUGUUCAGAAUGCUCGGUUGCCUCCGAAUAUUGAGACUCUUGGCACUGACCCAUGGUACUGCGAUUAUCUUGAGAAGUUUAAAGAAAGCCGCUCCUCUUCUCGUUCGAAUUGCGUUCUUGGUCGUAUUUUUCUGGCUACUAUUCGCAAUCAUUGGUAUUCAGAGCUUCAAGUCUAGUUUGAAGCGCCAAUGUGUUUGGUUGGACCCGUCCGACCCUCAAAAUCUGACGGCAGCAUUUACCAAUGGGAACCAGUUCUGCGGAGGCCAUUUGGAUAAUCAAACUGGCAAAAUAUCGCCUUGGGUGAAGUUCGGAAGCACCGAAUCGCUGGCAAGCUUGGUUAAUGGGGCUCGAGAUGGCAAGGGAUUCAUUUGCCCUCGAGGGUCCCUUUGCCUCCAGCAAAACAACCCACAUAAGGGUACUGUUAAUUUUGAUAACAUUGCCAACUCCCUGGAGCUUGUUUUUGUAAUAAUGAGCGCGAACACAUUCUCCGACUUGAUGUACCAGACCAUGGCAUCUGAUUACUUACAAGCCGCUUUGUUUUUUGGAGCUGGGAUCAUGAUCAUGCUGCUGUGGCUGACAAACUUGCUCAUUGCAGUCAUCACUUCAUCAUUCCAAGUCAUCCGUGAAGAGAGCAAGUCGAGUGCUUUCACUGCGGACAGUGAGCCAGCUUUGACCACUCGACCAGAGGAACGGGUCCGGAAAUCCCGAUUACAUCGAAUUUAUGACCAAACCAAGGCUUUCUGGGUACUACUCAUUACCUUCGCAUUACUUUGCCAGUCUUUGCGCAGCUUUAGAAUGUCAAAUUCUCGAGAGAAAUUCAUUCACACAGCGGAGGUUAUUGCAACCCUCUUUCUCGAUAUUGAAGUCUCAAUCAGAUUUGCUGCGGACUGGCGUGGAUUCUACCGGAGUUGGCGCAACAUUUUUGAUCUGUUCUUGGCGGUUGUAACGACGAUCAUACUUGUACCGCCGAUUCCAAACACUAGGGCAUAUUUAUGGCUUACCGUGUUCCAAAUUCUUCGAGUCUACAGAAUUGUAUUGGCGAUCCCCGUCACUCGGAAACUGAUUCUACUUGUGCUUGGGAAUGCUGCUGGUAUUGCCAAUUUGAUGCUAUUUGUAUUCUUGAUGACAUUCCUAGUUGCCAUCUUUGCCUCACAACUUUUCCGUGGCGAGAUUCCUCAGUACACAGAGGAUGGUCAACUGAACAGAAUAUCAUUCUUUACAAUAUACAAUUCAUUUCUGGGUAUGUAUCAGAUUCUUUCAAGCGAGAAUUGGACCGAAAUUUUGUACAACGUCACGUCCUACUCGAAGAGGUUUCACACUGCCUGGAUCGGCGCGAUGUUUCUCAUAGGCUGGUUCAUUCUCUCCUUUUUCAUUCUGAUCAAUAUGUUCAUCGCCGUCAUUCAAGAAAAUUUUGAUGUCUCAGAAGACGAGAAACGGCUCGAACAAGUCAAAGCAUUUCUACAGAGAAAGGAACUCGGACACAACCCCAGCAACCUGGCACUCUCAACAAUAUUUAGCCUAGGGAAAUCUCGUCGUCGUCGGGAUCCUUUGGACUAUGGGCCAGCAAUGAUGGAAAUGCUCCUGAAAGAUGCCGUGGUGCGAGACUUCCUAAACGACGAGUCUCCAGACCCAAUGCAUGAAAACGCAGUCUCCGUACCAUCACAGAGAAGCACGACGGCAUUGUUUAGUAAUCAUGCCAACCCGGGCAUGAUUGCUCAGUACUGGAAGCGCCUUCUGAGCAAGUUAAAGAAUAAAGAGCCAAACCCGUUUUACGCCAAUAUCCGCUUCGAUGGUCCAAACGAUGCUCUUGAUCCACGUCAAAUGGCCCGGCAAGCCGUCUCAGCAACAUCCGCAAGAAGAAAGGCCCAACGAGAAUAUCUCUUUCGGCAUCCGAGAUACAACGAUUCGCUGUAUAUUUUCAAGCCGAAACAUACCCUUCGACGGCUUUGCCAGAAAUUAGUUGGACCUGCGAGAGGACCUGAGCGGUUUGACGGCGUGCAGCCCAACAAAGUAGCCUGGUAUGUUUUCUCAGCAUUUGUAUACGCCGUCGUCGUCGCAAUGGUAAUUUUGGCUUGUGUUACAACACCGCUUUACCAGAAAGAGUACAGAGAAAAUCACAGUACAAACACAUGGAAUUGGUACGUCUGGACUGAUCUCGCCUUUACCUCGGUUUUCACCGUUGAGGCGGCUAUCAAGGCGAUUGCGGAUGGUUUAUUCUGGACACCGAACGCAUAUAUGCGCAGCUCCUGGGGUAUGAUUGAUGGCAUUGUUCUUGUGACACUAUGGAUCAAUGUCAUCACGCUUCUAAUUAAUGAUGGAGCGAUAUCGAGAGCUGUUGGCGCGUUCAAGGCUUUGCGAGCACUCCGACUUCUCAACGUCAGCGACAGCGCUAGGGAUACAUUCCAUUCGCUCAUUAUCGUUGGUUGGUGGAAAUUAAUAGGAGCUGCCCUCAUAUCGCUUUCAUUGCUGAUACCAUUUGCCAUAUAUGGUUUGAACCUUUUCAACGGUCUAAUGAUUACGUGCAAUGACUCCAGCGCCAGCACUACUCUUGAUGGGUGUUUUGGCGAGUUUGACAGCACUCCUUUCAACCCGCAAUGGAAUAUGCUAGCCCCCCGUGUUGCGGCCAAUCCCUAUUUUAAGUUUGACGACUUUGGAUCUUCUCUCUUCACUUUAUUUCAAAUUGUCAGUCAGGAAGGUUGGAUUGAUGUGUCGUUUGCUGCCCAAGCCAUCGUGGGCAAAGGAAUGCAGCCUCAACCCUUUGUCGCCCAGGGCAACGCGCUCUUCUUCGUCAUCUUCAACCUGAUGGCCACAGUCUUUGUCCUAACGCUGUUUAUUUCUGUUUUUAUGAGGAAUUAUACCGAACAAACAGGUGUCGCCUUUCUGACUGCAGAACAGCGGUCUUGGCUUGAGCUUCGCAAACUUCUUCGACAGAUAUCGCCGUCCAAAAGUUCAUACAGGGAAAGUGAGAAGAGCUGGAAGAAAUGGUGCCAUAAACGGGCCAUUGAAAAACGCGGUAAAUGGUAUCAAGCCAUUACCGUCGUGCUAGUGUUUCAUCUUGGCUUGCUGAUGACCGAGUUCAGCUCAGAGCCAUUCUGGUGGACAAAAGUGAGAGAAAUUGUAUUCCUUCUCUUUAUUCUAACGUACAUUAGCAACAUUGCCAUUCGAGUCAUUGGUCUUGGAUGGGCCCGUUUUCGAAAAAGCUCCUGGGACCUUUAUUCACUCAUCGCAGUUUCAGGAGCAUUUGUGUCUACAUUGGCAUUGAUGAUUGCCGACGCUACAGCUGAUGCGUCGGCCCAAUUACACAAAUUCUUUCUUGUGGCGAUUGUAUUGCUCUUGAUACCAAGAAACGACGCCCUGGAUCAAUUAUUUAAGACUGCCGCAGCCAGCCUGCCGAUUAUAAGCAAUUUGUUGGCCACCUGGCUGGUAUGUUUUCUCGUGUUUGCCAUCGCAAUGACGCAAGCAUUUAGCCUUACCAGAUUUGGUGACCAAGAGACUGGCGACAUCAACUUCCGCAGUGUCCCGAAAGCCUUGAUACUCUUGUUCAGGAUGAGUUUGGGAGAGGGUUGGAACCAAAUUAUGGAGGAUUACGCUGAAAUUCGACCACCUCUUUGUGUAGAGGAGAACAAAUUCUUCGACAGCGACUGCGGCAGUAAAGGGUGGGCUCGCUUUCUGUUCGUUGCCUGGAAUAUCAUCAGCAUGUAUAUAUUUGUGAACCUAUUCGUGUCUCUGAUCUAUGAAAGCUUCAGCUACGUCUAUCAACGCUCUAGCGGUAUGGCGGUUGUUGACCGAGACGAGAUACGACGAUUCAAAGAAGCGUGGCGCAGCGUGGACCCUGCGGGAACUGGAUUCAUCUCCAAAGAACUCUUUCCACGCCUGCUCGCAGAGCUCUCAGGCGUAUUUCAAAUGCGAAUCUACCAGCCGGAGGACUCCAUCGGACAAAUAUUGGAGGAUGUGCGCGACGAAUCCAAACCAGCCCGUCACAUGUCUAUUGCGACGGCAAACUUUUACAACGACGUUGACAUAGCCAAGCUUAAUCAGAGACUGGCUAGACUUGACGUACAAAGGAUUCGCGAGCGUCGCCGCCGAUUCAAGGUUUUCUUUGGGGAAGUGUUGGUAUCCGCGGAUCCAGACAGGGGCAUUGCUUUUACGGAUGUCCUCUUGAUUCUUGCCCAUUACAAUAUUAUCAAUGACAGUAAGAGCUUAAAACUCGAGGAAUUUUUACGACGCCGAGCUCGGUUGCAACGUGUCGAUGAAGAAAUUCGGCGCAAGGUGGUCCAAGGCUUUUUUGAUACACUCUACUGGUCAAGAAGAUUCAAAAAGCACAUGGAGGAGAAGCGUGCGUCUCGGAUGUCGGCGAUUCCCCAGCUCACGAUACCGCACAUCCUCGUGGAUGACGAGCCUGGUGGCGAGUCGAACGAGGGAGGGACUAUGACCUUCACACAGCAGCCUCGGUCGACAAAGCUGAGCCGAGAAGAAGGAGCUGGCCAGCAAGUCACUCUGGAGUCAACUGACCUUAGCCUUCACGACACGGCAUACGAGCACCCUCUCAGCCAACCUCGGACAUCUCGAACCUCUGCUCCGCGUGAAGACACCGGCUCCGGGUUUAGUUUUGAACUUUACGAGUCCGAAUUUCAGAUCCAAGAUGUGCCCCAAGCAAGCCGUGGUGGAAGCGCAACCAGCCCAGUGGAAGCUCGCGAUAUACUUGAUGAUUCCAUUUGGAUGGAAAGUAUUAGGAGGAGUGCGACGCUACGACGACCUAACAGGGGAGCAUACCGCUUUGGGGAUCUUAGGUAA